UCCAUGUUCUUUGCUCUUUAAACCCGGCCACUUCCGUGAGUUGCACGGUUUGUUUCUCAAUUAUUGCCAAAGCUGUAUAAAGUAAAUAGUUAGACAGUGUUCUGUGCUCUUUAAAAUGAAGCGAAAAACAAUUAAGUCUGAAAGAAAAAAACAGUCUGCAGGAAGAUUGCAGCAAGCCAGUCAGAAAUCUAAGGAUUUAAACGUGCAUGCAAGAUCCCAGUGGCAAUGGACCUGGACUAAAACUACAUUUUUUUCUCUCUGCAUCCUCUCUGUGUCAGUACCAUUUCUUCUGCAUCUUUUCUCUGACUCUGUUGACCUCAGCCGACCUUCAGAUAUAGGUCUCAAUCACACUAUAAAUAUCUACCUCGAAUCUGAGGAGGGGGUGAGAGUGGGCGUGUGGCACACUGUACCUGAACAUAGAUGGAAGGAGGCGCAGGGAAAGGAUCUAGACUGGUAUGAGAAAUCUCUGGGGGAUGGCUCACCCAUUUUCAUCUACCUCCAUGGCAAUGGGGGUAACAGAUCUGCACCCCAUCGUAUUGGAAUUGCAAAUGUCUUGAGUGCUGUUGGGUAUCAUGUUUUGGUAUUGGACUACAGAGGUUUUGGGGACUCCACUGGUGAACCUACAGAGGCUGGUCUGACUACUGAUGCUGUGUACUUGUACCAUUGGGUUAAAGCACGCAGUGGAAACAGCCUAGUGUGUGUGUGGGGUCACUCAAUUGGUAGUGGUGUUACAACUAACACUGCAGUUAAAUUGCUGGAGCAAGGAAAACAGUUUGAUGGAAUUAUACUUGAGGGUGCAUUCGUAACUGGACGAUGGGCAAGUAAUCGAUCUACUGAACACCCUUUUGCUUGGUUUUAUUGGAAGUUCCCAUACAUUCAGUUCUUCCUUUUCAAUCCGCUUAAAAACAACAUUUACGUCUUUCCAACUGAUGAGAAUUUGGAGAAAAUUCGAACUCCCCUCAUGAUUCUCCAUUCUGAAGAUGACCAUAUAGUGCCCAUUGCCUCAGCUAAAGAGAUCUACAGAAUUGCAAAAAAGGCCCAAAACUCAGAUGAGCGAGUUAAACUGGUAUCAUUUAAUGGAUCACUUGGAUAUCUUCAUAAUGGGCUGUAUAAAGACCCUGGCUUUCCAGAUAUCAUAAGGGAGUUUGUGCAGUCACUAAAGACAUAAGACACACACAGGAGGAAUUGCAUCAACUAAUAGCCAGCUAAAUAGCUGUUUCUAAUAAUUGGUGUUGUAACUGAAUGUGCAGUUGUUUUAAAUAGUAUGCACUUCUAGGAUAAAAACACUGUAAUGUCUUUUUUUUUUUUUUU